UGAGUUCCUUGAUGGGGCCCCAUGCCUGUUUUCCCUCUGCCAGCCAAUCAGACUACAAAAUGCAUAGAAACGCCCGACAUUGCGCUGACACAUUGAUAGCGCAUUCAAGAUCCAGCUCAAAGCCAUGCUUAUCGAUCCAUCGUUGAACAGCGUGGCAACCGUGCUAGCGAAUGUAUAUCAAAGCUUCUAUGAAGCGGCGGUGAGGUGCCUUGAGUAUGCACGCGUGCUACUCAGAGUACGGAAGAUGGGUUCAGGUCUGCUUAUUAAGACUGUAGAAAACAUCAUCACGUUGGCAUACGUGAUGCUACAGCGCCGUUCGCGCUCUUGCAGGAGUAGAGAAGCGAUAACUGCGCAAAGCGUCAUCUCGCGCCGGCAGCUUAAGUGGUAAGUGCAGCAUACCUUGGAAUGAUGUCGCAUGGU